AUGUUUCCCAAGACCCGCCAUCAGUCCCGCCAUCAGUAGAUAUCUCGAGCUCGUCCUCCGCGUCCAGCUCGUGCACGACCUCCCCGCUCCCGCUUCUCUUCCCGAGCACGUCCCUCGCAACGCUCUCCACACCGACCUACGACAUACCCAUCGCCGCCUGCGCACCCCUAGACAGCCCCAUCCUCAGCACCUCAUCCAACAUCCACCCGCUCACUUCAUCCGACACCGACGCCGUUUAUUCCCCCCACGAACUCUCGCAAUCGCUUCAACGAAACCCCGUCGAACACGUACGCGAGAUCGCUUUGGGGCGGCUGUCCGAUCAGACUUAUGCGACGCUAUUACCGGGUUGGAGGGAUCGUUUGAGGAAGGUGUUGGUGAGCAACUUGCAGAGGGAGAUGGGGACGUUGCUUUGGAUACAGGUACGUACACUCGUCACCCUUGCGAGAGUUCCCUCCAAGGUGGGGAAGGAAACGGAGUUGACUGAUCGAUCGAUCGAUUACACGCUCUGAUUGGUGAUGCGACGACGAACAGGUGAGCUUGAGAACGCCAGCGAGGGAUGCUUAUUUCGUCAAGACGAGUCUGUUGGGCACCCAUGCGUUCUUUAUGAUUUGUGUGCCGAUGCCGUUCUGGUUCGGCCAUGGAAGUGUGGGCAGAGGGUCAGUUCGCAUGUUUCAAGGUUUUUCGGGGGGUGAAACUCACCCCAAACUGAUCACUUCACCGCGUUCUUCAGGUUACUCUAUGUUUUGGCCGCAGGAGGAUACACCACCUCGGUAUUAAAGGAUCUACUCUGCGUCCCAAGACCGUAUUCCCCACCACUUGUGAGGUUAUCCGUCGGGACCCACGCGCUGGAAUACGGGUUCCCUUCGACCCAUUCGACGUGAGUCGAUCGGUGUCAGGAGAACAGGCAGCCUCAGUUUUUGGAAAGAGGCUCAUUUUAUUUUAUUUUUCCUUCGAUAAAUCGCAGGACGACGGUCUCGAUGGCGUUGUAUUUUGCGGGGUUGCUGUGGCAUUCCGGGUUCGAAAAUUCGUUGGUCAAUUUGGUCGGUUAUAUCGUGCUGGCGAUUAUUUGCGUUAGUGUGGUGUUUGGCAGGCUUUAUACGGGAAUGGUGAGUGGUUUGUCCCCUGCUCUAUCAUCUGGCUGUUACAUCGGAGCUGACCCCACCCUUCAUCCCUCAGCACUCCAUUACAGAUGUCAUCGUCGGGACCCUCAUGGGCGUCCUCUGCUGGCUCUGGUACUACGUAUACGAAACCUCCGUCGAGCACUUUACGCUCCGCACCGGACCCCUCGUCCCCCUCAUCAUGAUCCCCUCGACCCUACUCCUCGUCUUCGUCCACCCCGCCCCGGCGGAAGAUUGUCCCUGUUUCGAAGACGCCGUCGCGUUCGUUAGUGUUGCGGCGGGGAUCGUGCUGGGGCAUCAUUUUCAUCCGAGGGAAUUGUUGGGUGAGACAGUGCGAUGGGGUGUGGGGAAAGAAAUGGGGGAGAGCGUUCUACAACUCGUUUGGAUGGGGACGGUCGUGCUUAAAUUGGUUUUGGGUCAGUUCCUCUGGGUCGGCGUUGAUGUCAUCGGAGGGAAUGACUGCUGAUCCCUAUUCAAUCGUGUUGUACUCAGGCAUCUUGACCAUCUUCACAUGGCGUCUGGUCGCCAAGGAAGUGUGUCAUGCGACCCUGCCCCCGUUGUUCAGGUUCUUCUCGUCGUUCUUGUUGCCUCGAAGGCAUUAUCACGAUGCGACAGAGUGUAAGUCCUCCCAUGGUGCGAUUCGAAGCCUCCGCCUAUCCUGACGGACUCGAUAUUUCGCUCUUGUCCUCAGACGACGCCUAUCAGAAAACCGAAGGCCUCCAUCCCGUCCCGUCCAUCAUCGACUUGCCCUCCCUCAACGACCUCGACCCUACCACACCUCUCACCUCAUCUUACACCGCCGCCUCGUCACCCUCUUUCAAAAACCAACUCCGCAGUCGAUCAGGCCAUUCCUCCCCUUCGCCUUCCGUCACGGUGGACGAGACUGAUCCUUGUAGGUUGUUGAGACAAAAGCAGAAGAGGGAGAUUGAGGGCGAGAAUGGGGACGGGGAUGGGGGUGGGGAUAGGUACGAGAAAUUGAGUCAAAGCACGAGUAAGAAGGAUGGCGAUCGCGUGAGGAGGGACGCGGAUGUAUUGACCAAGGUGUUUGUGGUGAGUACUCUCAAAGUAAUUACAGGAUGGAGAUCUAUGUACUGAUUGUGGUGGAUGGUCUGACAGUAUUCGGGUAUCGGCUGGUUCGCGACGAUUGGGAUCCCGUGGGCGUUCGAGCGUGUCGGGUUGACGAUUCCUCCGCCGCUUGCAUAA